AUGGUUGAAACGAUUGCUGGUAAGGAAGUAGAUGUGAAAAAAGCCACUCCCAAGCCAGACAACAUGCAAGGAAUGCGCGGUGGUCGUGGCGGUCGCGGAGGCAGAGGCGGACGUGGAGGUUACGGUCAAGGUGGUUGGGGAGGUAACCAAGGAGGUUAUGGCGGUGGUUAUGGUGGCUACAACCAGGGUGGAUAUGGAGGUGGUUAUGAUGGUUAUGGCGGUGGCGGCUAUGAUUACUAUGGAGGUGGCUAUGGAGGUUAUGGCGGUUAUGAUUAUGCUGGCUACCCCAACUACGGUGCAAGCGGCGGAUAUGGCGGUGGAAAGCAACGUGGUGGUGGUGGUGGACGCCAACAGAGGCACCAGCCCUAUUAAUAACUUAUAGUGAUCCAGUUCAUCUUCCAUUCAGUUCAUAAUAUAUUUCGUUCAUGUGGAGCUCUUUCUAUACUUCCUCAGAAGUGGAAGAGGAAAGAUUUAACUUUAAGUGCGUUCUAAACAUCUGUACAAAUCUUAGUAUUUAGUUAAGAAUGCUCAUUGGCUUCUUACCUAAUGGAGAGUAAGAUAAAAUACUAUGUGAAUUAAUUUAGGUAUAGUUUUGUAUUAAUUUGUGGGUAAAUGUAGAGAUUUUCUCCUUUUAUUUCAUUAUGUAAUUCUCAUUGAAAGUGUAUUAGGAAAUGUAUAAAUUAAUAUUUUUUGUUUUAAUAUUUUAAGUGAAUGAACGAUACUCUUUUUGAGUAAAAACA